AUCCGUUCUCUUCCUUCCCUUCCCAGCUCCAUCUCUAUACAGUAUUUGUGUCAAUAUUCACUUUAGAAUCUGUCUUUUCUUGAUGAUAAUCGGUGACGGCUGGUAUUUUUGAGACCGGUGAUAAUUUAAAUCUCCUCUAGGUAGGCAACCUCUUAAAUUAGCUAUGCCAAAAACUACUAUUUAUUAUUUCAUUUCUAUAAAAAUAGCGUCCCAAACUUGUUUUAAUAGAUCAUCUCUAACAUUUUCAUCUUUCAGUAUCUGGAAUUAACUCAAGCAUUCUCCUCGAACUUGAGCAACAGAGGAAAUAAUAUGAGUAGCUCAGAAGAGGUGUCGUGGAUUUCUUGGUUUUGUGGUCUUCGUGGUAACGAGUUUUUCUGCGAGGUACUAGCCUCAACUAGUGUCACAUUUAAUAAGCUUUUUUUAUAAUUACACCACAGGGAGACUUGAAUCCGAUGUAAUUCGUCCGGAAUAGGACAUACUCUACAGCAUAUAUUGUGCUUAUUGUGCUUACUUGUUUGAUUUUGUCACAUCAUUUGAUUUAAAGCCUCAGUACUAAUUUGUGAACAGCAAUAAGAAAUUUAAGCCAUUGUGAGUUAUUUCUUGUAACCUUUGUCUGUAAAUCUGUCAUUUAUAAUCUGCAGUUGAUGUUUGUAAUGAAACUACUUUACCUUGACUACCAUCAUGUGCAGAGAUUUCCCUAUAACCCCAAAUUGUUCUGAAACAAACUGGUAGUCCCAAAGGCAAUCUAUUGUUUUCUAUUAUCCAACAACUGUUAACCUCAAUGAAGGAAAAGUUUUAAACAGAAAUCUUGCCCCAUCAGGCCAUCAGAAUGUGGUGAGCAAAAUAUGAGGUGGUGGGAUCAGCGAUUUCAUAAAAUAGGAAAAGACUGCUGUCUUCCUAAAAAGUUGGUUGUAUUUAACAGGUUUUCCCAAGGCAGUUACUAAACUAGAUAUUAGUGACACUAUAAGUUUCUAAAAUUAGAGGAAGGGAUAUUGAUAUUAACAAAGAAGAGUCAUGUCUUACACAACUAAAACCUCAUUUUAGAAAAUUCUUGAUAUAAUUUAAGGAAAAUGUGUAUAACAUCCUUUACUUUACAAACAUAACCAAUGAUCCAUCCACAGUGCCCCAAGUUGCCAUCAUUUUGGCAUCUAAAUAUACACUUAUGAUUGCAAUUUUGCACCCUGUACCAUAUAUAGUCUGGGUUUAUCCCUUAUCUCUGUUGUAGUACAAGUCAUUUCAUCACUGCCACACUCAGGUCAUCAAAUUAAGGACUUUUGCUUCAAAUUUUGUUGCUAAAUUUUGGUAUAUACUUGCUGUACCAACCUAAAACAGUUGCAGCUUGAGGAAUUGUGUAAAUUCUGGUUUUCAGUUAAGUUGGCAUUCUCAGUAAAAAUUUUUGUAACUACUAACAACUCCUCUUCCCUGAUAAUGACCUCCACUAUGGUUGUCAAAGUGAUUUUCUGAUUGUUUAUUGCACUGCUCCUAUGUCAUUGAUUUUUAAAACCAUUUACCGUCUUGCUUAGUACUGUGACGACUCUUUUUUAUGCAAGGUUGACGAAGAUUACAUCCAGGACAAGUUUAAUUUAACUGGAUUAAAUGAACAAGUGCCACAUUACAGGCAGGCCUUGGACAUGAUAUUGGACAUGGAGCCAGGUUGGUGAAAUUAUUUUAUCACCAACAUGUACACUUUAGCUUUACCCUGAUGGUGAAAUUUGAUCAGUCAAUAGGGUUUACCGAAAUUUCUGUUGUAAACAGUCUUAAAAUUAUUAAUAUAAAUGUAUAUUAUAAGGUCAGCUAACUCAUUCUUGGAAAGGAUGAUUUUUGUAACUAAGAGCAAAUCAUCAAAUUUUCCUGAUGAACACUGCAUCCCAAUGACCAAGAUGAAUCUUGGAAAGUCUUACCUUCCCCACCUCUACAACUUGGGUGAAAUUUUCUAUGUGUAUAUGAACAAAACAAAAUUGUACUGCCAAAAGAUCCACCUGUAGAGUCAGGGCUCAUAUUAAGAGAGAAUAUAAACUAAUCAUGAUGUGUUUUAAAUUUUUUAUUGUUUUGUCAACAGAUGAUGAAUUAGAAGAUAAUCCAAAUCAAAGUGAUCUGAUUGAACAGGCAGCAGAGAUGUUAUAUGGUCUCAUUCAUGCUCGUUAUAUAUUAACCAACAGGGGGCUUGCGCAAAUGGUAAGUAUUGUAAGUUGUGCUGGCCAUCUAGUCUUACAUAGUAUUUUAAAUAAAAAGAUUGUGCUAAGUGCUUGGUUUAGUUUUUCCAGUAUGAUUACAAUUUCAAGAAUAUUUCAAAUGGUGGGUGCUUCUCAUAUAUCAAUUGUUUUUACAUAAAAGUGUUUCCAUGACUUGUUAGUACUUGAGAUAUAAUAUCUGUUUUUUAAAACAUGUCAUCAUCUGAAUGCAGGGAGAUUGAAAACAAGUAGAUUAGGCUCCUUGCAUCAUCUAAUGAAUUUCCACCAAAGGCAAAGUGAAUAUGGUCAAAUAAUCUCAUUCGAGAAGUCAAGGGAUUACAUGUAUACAAAAAUAUUUUCUGAACCUCAGGAGGAUAAUUUGUGCAAGUUCCAAGGUUAUUUUACAGGCAGAAGUAUUAGAAAAAAAUGCAUGAGUAAUUUUUGUGUAAAUUAUGUCUCUGUAUAUAGAUAAACUGUGUGUGGAGUGAGUAUUAUUAAGUUAUGUAAGAAAUGAGGUAAGCCAAGAGUUGUCAACAAAACCUUGUACAUGUACCACCUGACCAAACCUGCUGGCCAGUCUGCCUUUCACCUCAUUUUACUAAAAGUGCCAUUGAUGAAUCAUGCCAUUAUUGAAAAACAAUCAAUCAGAAUUUGCAGAAAGGUUCAUGUAAGCUUGGCAGAAUGUUUUGGAAUGAAUAAUAUCUGACUUAUGUACAGCCCUGUAAUCUGCAACCAACCUUAACUCUUUCAUAACUUGUGCUAUUCUACUAGAUCUUAAUAAACCAUAUGUUUAAUGUAUUUUGGGUGCCUUGUAGGAUUAUCAUCACAAUCCUCCUUCUGACCACUCUGCAAAUUGCUGUGAACAUACUGAAUGCCAACUUAACUUUGCAUGUUCUUAAACACAGCUUGAAAAAUACCAGAAUGGUGAUUUUGGACACUGCUGUCGAGUGUACUGUGAAAAUCAGGCAGUCUUACCCAUUGGUAAGUUCGCAAAGUUGAGGCUUGGGUAUGUGUAGUAUGUUAUUUUUCUCAUUUGCUUCAGUAUGUUAUCAUGUUGUCAGAGCAUUCUUUGCAAAGCUCACUUUCUUUUGUCAUCCAUAGGUUUGUCUGAUGUUCCUGGGGAGGCAAUGGUCAAACUUUACUGUCCAAAAUGCAUGGAUGUUUACACACCAAAAUCAUCUCGACAUCAUCACACAGAUGGAGCAUACUUUGGGACAGGUUUCCCUCACAUGCUGUUUAUGGUACAUCCUGAGUACAGACCAAAAAGACCAAACAACCAGUUUGUUCCAAGGUAAAGUGUUGUAAUGAGUGUGCAAGACUGUUUAGAUGAGUAACAAUAUUCAGAACCUUGAGGGAAAAAAGCAGUAACUACAAAUUAAACUGUGUUUCACUUUGAAAAAACUAAUAAACCAAUCACAUAAAAUUUAAAAAAUAUUUUCUCAAGGAGAAGGGUAGGCUUUGUCAGUUUAUUUUGGUUUUGUUCGAGUCAGUACUUCUUACCUUUUUUUUUUCUUUGUUUUUUUUUGUUAGGUUGUUUGGAUUUAAAAUUUCACCCAUGGCUUACCAGAUCCAGGAGAGAGCAGCAGCUCAGAGAGGACGGUCUGCAUCAGCACGUCCAAGAUCCACAAAACCUCAUUACAAAUAAGAACAAGUUAUUUUCUAUCCUACUCUUUCGUUUUAAUAUUUCCUAGUUUAAUGCCAUUUCAAGUUCUCAGAUUUGAGGAUAAAUGUUUUAAAAAUGGUUAAUUUGUUAAAGUGCUCAAUCUUCUUGUAACUAACAGUAUAUAUAGUGUUCUCCC